AUGGCCAAAGAAAUGGCUAUUGACGAAGCUGAUGUCUCAAUCUUGCCAGUCGAGAUGACACUUCAGGACGAGGGAACAACAAAUAAGGAUAACAUGUGUCAGGAAGAAGACGAGCAGAGCGUCGAAGAAUUCGAAGAUCUCCGCAAUUUAAGGCUAGAUUGCAUCUAUGAUGAUAGCCCAUUGCGUUUCGAGAAACCAGGCAUCCCCACUAAAUUCAAAUUUAGAAUCAAGGAUAAUUGCUCAAAUAAUGAAGUUGAGUAUGAGGCGUUAAUAUCAGGCAUCGAGAUCCUGUUAGCUCUUGGGGCGAAGAACGUUGUCAUAAAAGGAGAUUCUGAGUUAGUAGUAAAGCAGCUCACUAAAGAAUACAAAUGCGUUAGCGAGCAUCUAGCCAAAUAUUAUGUGAAAGCAAAUAAUUUGUUGGCUAAAUUCAACGAGGUUGGAAUAGGUCAUGUCCCUAGAAUAGACAACCAAGAAGCCAAUGAAUUGGCGCAGAUUGCUUCUGGGUACAUGGUAGAUAAACUAAAAUUGACAGAGCUAAUUAAGAUCAAAGAAAAGCUGAGCCCUUUGGAUCUCGACAUUAUGGUUAUUGAUAAUAUAACCCCCAACGAUUGGAGAAAGCCAAUUGUCGAGUACUUGCAGAACUCAGUAGGGUCAACUGAUAGAAGAGUCAAGUACAGGGCUCUAAGUUACACCAUCUUAGGCAACGAGUUGUUCAAAAAGAACGUCGAUGGCACAUUGUUGAAAUGUUUAAGCGAGGACGACGCAUUCAUAGCCGUAUCAGCUGCCCACGAUGGCCUGUGUGGCGCUCACCAAGCAGGGGCAAAAAUGAAAUGGAUCCUGUUUAGGCAAGGGCUGUAUUGGCCAACCAUUAUGAAAGAUUGCAUCGAAUAUGCAAAAGGGUGUCAAGAUUGUCAGAAACAUUCAGGAAUCCAACACGUGCCAGCUAGCGAAUUGCACUCUAUCAUCAAGUCGUGGCCUUUUAGGGGAUGGGCAAUAGACUUAAUUGGCGAAAUCCACCCGGCCUCAUCAAGGCAGCACAGAUAUAUCAUAGUGGCAGUCGAUUAUUUCACUAAAUGGGUCGAAGCCAUUCCACUACAGAAUGUGACACAAGAAACGGUAAUCGAGAAUUCACCAAGGGAAGCAACAGGAACAACGCCUUUCCGACUUGCCUAUGGCCAAGAAGCCGUGCUGCCCGCAGAAGUAUAUUUGCAGUCGUGUCGAAUUCAAAGACAAGAGGAAAUCUCAAGUGAAGUUUACUGGAAUAUGAUGCUAGAUGAAUUGGUUAACCUCGACGAAGAAAGGAUCUCAGCACUAGACAUUUUAACAAGGCAAAAGGAUCGCAUAGCUAAAGCAUACAAUAAAAAGGUUAAAGAUCGAUCUUUUGUCACAGGUGAUUACGUGUGGAAAGUUAUUCUCCCAAUGGAUAAAAAGGAUAGAGCUUACGGGAAAUGGACCCCCAAUUGGGAAGGGCCAUUUAAAAUCGAGAAAACGUUACCUAAUAAUGCUUACGUGAUUAAGGAAUUGAGCAAUCAGCGUCAGUAUGUUACGAUAAAUGACAAGUAUUUAAAAGCAUAUAAGCCAAUGUUGCACGAAAUCAAAAUUGAAUAA